CCUCUCCAGAAUAAUGACGUAAUAAAAGCGGCAAAACCCGCCAUUCACCAAGGAAAGCGAGAGAGCGAAAGCCCUCGCGUUCGCUUCUCUAUAGAUUCAUUAAUUUUUGUUUUUAAAAUUUCAAUUUGCAUGAUCGAGCUUUACGUGGUGCUGAAAAAUGGAAUGGAAAAUUGUUCUUUAAACCAUGAAUACUGAGUGGAGAAAUUGAUAAGAGUUUCAAUGGAUCCAGACGAGGACAGGAUUCUGCUGCGUAGUUUGGGCGUAACGUCGGCGAAUCCUGAAGAUAUUGAGCGCAACAUUUUAUCACAGGCAACAAGUAAUGUGGGCAGUAGUGAAGUUGGAGAAGACAUUGAGGAGAAUGCUCUUGAGCAGUCAGAAACUGUGGACCCGUCAACCGCAAGCCAGGCGAGACUCUACAAUAAAUUGAGGGCGGUAGAAUUUGAAAUAGAUGCUGUUGCCUCUACUGUCAAACCAGAAAGGAAAAUCCUACAAAAUGAAGACAAUGCUUAUGAUGGUGAUGGCAGUACAGAGCAAGGGGCCGAAGAGGAUGGCCCUCAAGACUCCUCUAAUGAGUUAGACCUUCAUCAUGCUUUAGCCACUGACCGGCUGAGAAGUCUAAAGAAGACAAAGGCUCAAAUUGAGAAAGAGCUUUCUGGUUUGCGCAAGAGUAAACCGUCCAAAGGUGUUGAGCAUGACAGGUCAAUAUUUGAUAUUGUCAAGGAAGAGCCAAGACCCAAGAGGAAGUUAAAAGAAGUUAAAAAAACAGGCAAAAGUUCUGAGAAGCGUCAUAAAACAGUCUCUUUUGACGAGGAUGAUGAUUUCAAUGCGGCGUUGGAUGCAGCUUCUACUGGAUUUGUUGAAACUGAAAGGGAUGAAUUAAUUCGAAAAGGAAUUUUAACGCCCUUUCAUAAGCUAAAGGGUUUUGAACGUCGCAUUCAAGAGCCAGGGCCAUCUCAACGGCACAACAUUUCCUCUGAAAAGGAGAGAAAUGAUGAUUUUGCUUCACUCAGCGUUGCUAGAGCUGCCAAGGCAAUGGCAGAGGCUGCACAAGGUCGCCCAACAACCAAGCUACUUGACUCAGACGCUCUACCAAAGCUUGAUGCACCCACUCAUCCUUUUCAUAGGCUAAAAACAUCUGUCAAGGUUUGUCAAUCUCCAGAAAAUGAAGAAGAAAAAAAGAAGAAUUCUAGAAGGAAAACUAAACGGCCUUUACCUGACAAGAGGUGGCAAAAGCUCAUAUCUCGUGAGGAUAAUCAUUUUGAAGAAAAUGAAGAUAUAGGAGGAGACUUGCCCACUUCCACUGGUGAAGAAGAGGAACAAGAGCAAGAAGACAUUGAAGAUGAAGAUGAUAGCGCACCUCCUUAUAUUAUCCUUGAAGGUGGGCUUAAAAUUCCAGAAAAGAUUUAUAACCAACUUUUUGACUAUCAGAAAGUAGGGGUUCAGUGGCUGUGGGAAUUGCAUUGCCAAAGAGGAGGAGGAAUUAUUGGAGAUGAGAUGGGGCUUGGAAAGACCAUCCAGGUCUUAUCUUUUCUUGGUUCUUUGCAUUUCAGCGGAAUGUAUAAACCAAGCAUUGUUGUCUGCCCAGUCACACUUUUGCGACAGUGGAAAAGGGAGGCUCGAAAAUGGUACCCAAGCUUUAAGGUGGAGAUCCUUCAUGAUUCUGCUCAGGAUCUAGAUAAUAGGAAGAAGAGGUCCAAAUCUUAUGAAAGUGAUUAUGAGAGUGAAGGUUCACUAGACAGCGAUUAUGAGGGAAAUUUAUCUUCUAAAACCUCUAACAAAUGGGAUUCCUUGAUCAACCGUGUUUUGGGGUCAGAAUCUGGUUUGCUCAUUACCACUUAUGAGCAACUCCGUAUAUUAGGGGAAAAACUACUCGACAUAGAAUGGGGAUAUGCAGUUUUAGAUGAAGGUCACCGUAUUCGGAACCCAAAUGCUGAAGUUACUUUGGUCUGCAAACAGCUCCAGACUGUUCAUCGUAUAAUAAUGACAGGUGCACCGAUUCAGAACAAGCUUUCUGAACUGUGGUCUUUGUUUGAUUUUGUUUUCCCCGGAAAGUUGGGGGUCUUGCCUGUGUUCGAAGCCGCGUUUGCAGUCCCCAUAUCUGUAGGAGGUUAUGCAAAUGCUUCACCAUUACAAGUAUCCACAGCAUACAGGUGUGCUGUGGUUCUGCGUGAUUUGAUAAUGCCGUAUCUCCUUCGGCGUAUGAAGGCUGAUGUGAAUGCGCAUCUUCCUAAAAAGACUGAACAUGUCCUCUUUUGCAGUCUCACUACUGAGCAACGAUCUGUUUACAGAGCAUUUCUUGCUAGCUCUGAGGUGGAACAGAUAUUUGAUGGGGGUAGAAAUUCUCUUUAUGGAAUUGAUGUGAUGCGCAAGAUUUGCAACCAUCCUGAUCUGCUUGAGAGAGAACAAGCCUGCUGGAAUCCAGACUAUGGGAAUCCUGAACGUAGUGGAAAAAUGAAAGUGGUUGGUCAAGUGCUCAAAGUUUGGAAGGAGCAAGGUCAUCGUGUUCUUCUUUUCACCCAGACUCAACAAAUGCUUGAUAUCAUGGAAACCUUUUUGACUUCUGAUGGUUAUAGCUACCGGAGAAUGGAUGGUCUUACUCCAAUAAAACAGAGAAUGGCCUUAAUAGAUGAAUUUAACAACUCAAAUGACGUGUUUGUUUUCAUUCUGACCACAAAGGUUGGUGGGAUAGGGACAAAUCUGACAGGUGCAAAUAGGGUGAUCAUUUUCGAUCCUGAUUGGAACCCCUCAACCGACAUGCAGGCAAGAGAACGGGCUUGGCGUAUUGGUCAGAAGCGAGAUGUCACUGUAUAUAGACUGAUCACCCGUGGAACUAUCGAGGAAAAGGUUUAUCAUCGGCAAAUUUACAAACAUUUUCUCACCAAUAAAAUAUUGAAGAAUCCACAACAGAAAAGGUUCUUCAAAGCUCGAGAUAUGAAGGAUCUGUUCACUCUCAAAGAUGAGGGAGAGACUGGAACUACUGAAACCUCUAAUAUAUUCAGCCAAUUGGCUGAAGAUGUCAAUUUUGUUGGGUUGCAGAAAGAUGAACAGGAUAAGCAAGGUGCCUUAGCUUAUAAAGGAAACAACGCAGGAACUGUACCUUCGAAGAGAAAAGGAAAAGAAAAGGCUGAUUCCAGUGAUGGUGAAGUAGAUGAAGAAACAAAUAUAUUGAAGAGUCUUUUUGAUGCUCAUGGGAUACAUAGUGCAGUGAACCAUGAUUUAAUCAUGAAUGCUCAUGAUGAAGAAAGAAUGAGGCUGGAGGAGGAGGCUUCUCGAGUUGCUCAAAGAGCAGCUGAAGCAUUGCGCCAGUCUCGAAUGCUUCGGAGCCGCGAAAACAUCUCCGUCCCAACAUGGACUGGGAAAUCAGGAACUGCUGGCGCACCAUCAUCAGUGCGUCGAAAAUUUGGUUCCACUGUGAAUUCCAAGUUGAUCAACAGUUCUAAGCCGUCAGAUGAAUCUUCCCGAAAUGGAGCAAGCAAUCUCAAUGGCAUUGCUGCCGGCGCAUCUGCUGGAAAGGCAUUAUCUUCAGCUGAGUUACUAGCAAGGAUUCGGGGAAACCAAGAGAGAGCCACCAAUGCCGGAAUCGAUCAUCAGUUUGGAAAUGCUUCUAAUCCAAACAGAGGAAAAUCUGCAAAUAUUGGAUCUUCCAGAACAUCUCAAAACCUAUCUAGAGUGCCGCCUGAAGUAUUAAUUCGUCAAAUCUGUACUUUCAUACAGCAGAAAGGUGGAAGGGCAGAUUCUGCAACCAUAGUUCAGCAUUUUCGGGACAGAAUACCCUCGGAGGAUCUUCCUUUGUUUAAGAACCUUUUGAAAGAAAUAGCUACAUUGGAGAAAAACCGAGAUGGUUCAGUUUGGGUUCUAAAGCCAGAUUAUCAAUAGUAUCUGAUUUUUGAUUUAUUGCUGAAGGAUGCUGUCAAACUGUAAUUUUUUAGGUUCAGCCGUUUUUUUUUUUUUUUUUUUUUUUUUUUUUUAGAGCUUCUCCGCUCCAGUUGUGGGCGAUUGUUCUUACCGGGGCAAAGGGAAACAUGAGAGUUCUUUCAACUUUUUGGUGCUUCCUAGCACUGUUUUGAUUAAACAACACUAGAUAGAAUAUUCAUUUCUGUACAUAGAAGGUUUAUCAUUCUUUUUUGUCUGUCAGACCACGAGAGAAAUUCAAGCAAAGUUGUGACGAAAGAUUUUGUAGAUUCGUGUCCAACACGUCUUUUAACGGAACCAAGGGAAACCUUGGUCACACACACACACACACACACGCACCUCAUUAUCAAUUUAACACGAUGGUUGGUUUGUUUCUGUUUGUCUUUUCUUCCUCACAUUGUAUGAUGAUUAGGAUGUACGAUAGCUUGAAACUACAAUUAUAUGAUACUGUUGUAAGGCUUUUCACUACAAAACAAUUUUGUUGGCUUAGCAACGAUAAGAAAAAUAUAUGCCGGUUGCUUUAAGAGGACGUGUCGUUUGAAGUUUGACUGCCACGAAGAAAAUGUCGUUUUUUUCUGGUCAUCAAGGAAACAGUACAUCUUUAGAACUAGUGAUUGGAAAUUUGCCUAAAAAAAUAUGGAAUGGCUAGAAAAAGAGAUGAA